CUGCUAGUAUAUAUAUAUAUAUAUAUAUAUAUCUACAAGUCAUCCUCUGAAAUAUUCGAAGGGUUGGACGGCUUGACGGGAUAGCUGCCCUCGCGACGACUCUGUAGCGGGCGAGGGAGGCUGGUUCCGUUUUGCAUGCGCGAGCGACGUUGAUGUGCUUCGAGCUGGCGGACCCACGUGGAUCGGACGGCGGCGGCGCGGGGUGGCCGGUGAAGAGCGGCGAGCAGGGCGAGGGCGCGGCGGCGAUGGCAAUGGCGGCCGGCUCCGGGGAGCUCAUGUCCGAGUACUACCAGGCGCAGGAGUUGUCGACGAUGGUGUCGGCGCUGACCCAGGUCGUGGCGGGCGCCCCGUGGGGCGAGGAGACCGCGUGGGCCGGCGCGGCGCCGAGGGGGAGCGGCCGGGAGGAGCAGGCAAUGCACGGCGGCCACGUUCACGAGCUGGGGAGCUACCCCGGCGCGCCAUCGCCGGAGUUUGCAGUCUCGGAGCAGAGCUCGGACACCCAGAGCGCGGGCGGGAGCGGGAGCGGGAGCGCGGCGGCCAUGGAGGAGCACCACUCGGCGGAGGCGUCGAACCCGGAGGGGCCCGACACGCCGCGCCGGAGGUACCGCGGGGUGAGGCAGCGGCCGUGGGGCAAGUGGGCGGCGGAGAUCCGGGACCCGCACAAGGCGGCGCGCGUCUGGCUGGGCACCUUCGAGACGGCCGAGGCCGCGGCGCGCGCCUACGACGAGGCCGCGCUACGGUUCCGCGGCAGCCGCGCGAAGCUCAACUUCCCCGAGGACGCACGCCUCCACUCGGCGUCCACGCCGGCGCCAGCCGGGCCGGCCUCGACCUCUCCGGCCGUCUACCCCGGCGCCGCCCAGGCCGCGGACUACCUGCGGUAUCAGAUGCUUCUGCAAGGGAGCAGCACCACCGCCGGCAACCAAGGCACUCUUCUUCCGUUCUACGGCGGUGGCGCCAUGAGCGGCUCUUACGGCGGCGGCGGCGGCCCCACGAGCAGUCCUUACGGCGGCGGCGGCAGCGGUGGCGCCAUGAGCAAUCCUUAUGGCGGCGGCGGCAACACGAGUGGUUUCUUGGGCUCCUACUACUCGUUCCCUACCUCCUCUGUUUCGGUGGCCACCGCGCCGUCCUCUGCUUCGGGGCACUACUACCCGUCGUCGCACGACUCGCAACACCAAGGCGAGGCGGCGGCGGAGUGGAACUGGGAGAGCGCCCUGGCCUACCCGGCGACCGCCGCCUCCUGGUCCGACUCGAGCCAGUACCCGCCGCCACCUCACACUCAGUAGCAGCUAGCAGAAGACCCUGUUCUUUCUGGAAUAAUAAGGCGCGUACGGCUUCGAUGGGGACGGUUGCAGCAAAUCAAAUCGAACCGAAUCAAGGAAUUGGAGGAUGUUUUCUUUCUUGUAUGAUAGCUAUGUGGUCUUUGUUUGUUGAUUA